AUGGCGGCAUCCACUGGUUCUUUGUCGGCGUUAUCUCGAUGGUGGCAUCCACUGAUGCUUGAAGAUGCUGGUUCGGUUGAUGGUUGCACGGGGGCGGUUGGCGGCAUUGAUGGUUUUGUUGGUGAGGAUCACCAUCCGGAGUGGCGGAACAGGGGUGAUUUUUAUGCAUCAAAGGGUUUUAUGGGUUGGAAUAAGGCUCUUGAAAGAUUUCGUUUACAUGUUGGUAAAGUUAAUAGUGUUCACCACAAAUGUUACAACAAGAUGUUAGAUUUGUCAAAUCAUCGUCAAUCAAUUCAAGUUGUUCUUGAUAAACAUUCUCAAAAGGCAAAAAGAUCUUUUAAACGUAGAGAUUUACUUCGUCAUCAUCAAGCCGUAAAUUUGAAGCAAUUAUUUGAGUCCGGUGAAGCUCAUACUGGACAAGGAUUACAUCAAGAACGUGGGCUUCAAAGAUCGGGUGAUACUCGCUGGAGAUCAUAUUGCAAAACAUUGGAUAACUUUCUUGUUAUUGUCUCAUCUAUUGUUCAUGUGCUUGAAGUGAUUGAAAUUGAAGAGCUUAAUGAUCGUUUUGAUGUAGUGAGUAGUGAUUUGCUUCUUGGGAUGGGUAGCUUGAAUCCUGUCAAUUCUUUCUUUAACUUUGACAAAGAUAGAAUCAUGACUUUAGCAAAGUGUUAUCCAAAUGAGUUUGAUGAUGGAAAGCUUCGAGAUUCGAGUUACCAACCUGAUACUUUCAUAAUUCAUAUGCGAGGUGAUAAUUCCAAAUUCUCCAACUUGCAAGGAAUUCGUGACUUGGCAAAGGCAUUAGUUGAGGCAAAUCUUGUGGAGACUUAUUCACUUGUUUAUUUACUUGUGAAGUUGGCUCUAAUUUUACCCGUUGCUAUGGCAACUGUGGAAAGAGCAUUCUCUUCCAUGAAGCACAUAAAAAAUGAAGUACGAAAUAGUAUUGAUGAACAAUAUUUAAAUAAUUGUUUAGUAUGUUACAUAGAGCGUGAUGUAUUUACAAAUUUAAGUAAUGAUGUCAUCGUUGAUCAUUUUCAGAAUAUGAAAACUCGUCGUGGACAAUUGUAA